AUGAGUUCCCAACCGCCCUACUACGGUCAGCAGCCUCCUCAGGGGUACGGCGCACCCCCUCCCGGCGCUGCCCCACCUGCCGGCGGAUACCCUCAACAAGGAGCUCCAUACCAGUACCCGCCACCUGGGCAAGCCCCCGGCCAGGCUCCGGGACAGCCACCGUACCAGCAGCCCUAUUACGGCCAGAGUGCGCCCCCAGGAGGCGCUCCCCCCGCCGGGCAGUACCAACCUCCUCCAUCUGGCCAGCCGGGACAACCACCCUUCCCAGGUGCUCCCUACGGACAACAACCUCCUCAGGGAGCUCCCUAUGGUCAACCUCCCGCACAAAACGCUCCUUUCGGCCAGCCGCCGCAGCAAAGUACUCCAUAUGGCCAACAGCCUCCUCCCCAGGGCCAGUACGGCGCGCAACCACCGUAUGGUCAGCCACCGGCCGGUUAUGGCCAGCAGCCACCCCAGCCAGGUUAUCCCCAACAGCCCUAUGCGGCACCCGGGCAGCAAUGGCAGCAACCGCCUCCCCAGGGCGUUCCAGGAUACGGCAACUAUCCCGUCCAACCCACGCCCGCGUCUCAGGGCUACGACCCCGCACAGAAAGCCUGGGCUCAGCCCGUUAAUACAUCCAGCGACGUAGAGUCCCUCCGAAAGGCGAUGAAGGGUAUGGGCUGCGACGAAAAAGCCCUCAUCCGCGUCUUUUCGAGCCCGCAAUAUUCCAACCCAUGGGCCAUGGCGCAGCUCGUACAGGAUUAUAAUAGUCGGUUCAUCCGCAGCCUGGAGGAUGACAUCAAGAGCGAGACGCGCAGCGGAUUGGAAACCGCUCUUCUAGCUGUCAUGCGCGGCCCAUUGGGCAACGAUGUCUACGUUCUUGACAAGUCGCUCAAUCGCAUGGGCACCGACGAAGAGGCCCUCAUGGACGUCCUCCUCAACCGCUCCAACGCCGACCUUCGCGCCAUCAUGACCGAGUACAGGCGCGUCAAGGGCAAGGACCUCCUAGUCGACAUCAAGGAAGACGUCGACGAUACACUGUUCCGCCUGUACAGCAUGAUCCUCGCCGCCACGCGUGCCGAGGACGCCGCGCCCGUGCUGCCCCACGAAAUCGACCAAAAGGUCACGGAACUCCAGCGCGCCACCGAGGGCAUGAUCGGCUCGAACGCGAUCUCCGUCGCGCAAAUAUUCGCCAGCAGCAACGCGUCGCAGAUCAAUGCCAUCGCAGAGGCCUACCAGCGCAAGUACCACCGUGGCUUGCAGGAUGUCAUCGAGAAGGAGUUCCGCGGCGACAUGGAGGAUGCGCUGCUUCGGAUGUUGACGGCUGGGCAGAACCGGGCGAGGUCGGAUGCGUUCCGGCUGAGGGAGGCGUUGACGAAGAGGAAGGAUAGGUUGUUGAUUAAUAGGGUGGUUGCCCUCUAUUGGGAUCGUCCUCGGUUGGAGGCGGCCAAGGAGGCAUACAAGAAGAGGUUUGGUGUUGCGCUGGGCAAGGAGGUCAAGGAUUUGCUCAAGGGAGACCUUGAGGAUGUCCUCUUGGCUCUUCUUGGCGAGAAGUGGUGA